UACCCUACAUAUGUAGGUACUAGGCAGUAGGUACUAACGGUUAGGUAGUACAGAACAUCCGCAAAAAGUCCUACAUGUAAUCUUAAGGUACUGUACCUAGGUAUGGUACCUACAUAUCUACACAAAAAUGAAGUUCAACGAACAUAUUGCCGUAGCAACCAACAAGGUCCUCCUCGUGCCCUACGACGCGCGCCAUGUGCCGCGGUACCACGAAUGGAUGGAAGAUGCGACUAUCCGCGAAGCCACAGCAUCGGAGCGUCUUGCGCUCGACGAGGAGUAUGCGAACCAGGUCGAGUGGCGCGAGGCCGCUGAUAAAUUGACGUUUAUCUUGUGUGAACCGCUCACGCCUGCGUCUGGUGGUGGUGGUGGUGUUGGCGGAGAUGGAGAUGGAGAUGCGGUGGUGGCGGGUGAAGCCGACGAGCCCCGGAGGAUGGUCGGGGAUGUGAACAUGUUUCUUACGCCGUGGGAAGGCGAUGGCGAUGACGAGGGGUUGGAUGGGAGCGGGAGCGGGAAGGCCCACUGCUGCAUGGCGGAGAUCGACAUCAUGAUCGCGGACCCGAGGCACCGCGGCAAGGGUCUCGGUCGCGCUGCCGUCGCGGCGCUCUUGUCCUUUUUCUGCCGGAAUCGGGAGGGGGUUUUGGCGGAGUAUGGUGGUGCUGAUGGUUAUACUUCCAAUACUGGCAGUGGUAAGAGCACGUUGGUCGUCAAGGACCUCGUGGCGAAGAUCAGUGCGGGAAAUACGGGUAGUAUUGCGCUGUUCAAGAGCCUUGGGUUCGAGCAGAGGGGCGGGGUGAAUUAUUUUGGCGAAAUACAGAUGGUUCUUGAGGGGGUUGGGGAGGAGCGGGAUGAGGCACCUUGGGUGGCUGUUGUGAAGGAUGCUGGGUAUAAGGAGCUGCGGUAUGAUAGAUCGCGGCUGAGGGAGGAAUAGGAGCUGGAAACUAACUGCAUAGAUAUAUAGGGGGCCAAUAUCUAUGCGAGCCUGAACAUCUAGGCGGCUUUAGCCUGUCUAUUAUCUCUAGUACCUAUUUACUAUACCCCAUACGUCUCCUUAUACUUCCUCAACAACUCCAACGUAACAUUCGACCCCCCACACACAAUCACCACCACAUUCUUCCUCCUCCACUCCUCCUCGCUCCUCACCUCCCCCUCCAUUAUCAUCACCCUCCUCAGAUGCCCAUUUAACACCGCAGCAAUGGUCGCGCCGCACGCGACCUCCACCAGCAAACGCGCGUCAUCCGCGAACCGACACGACCCCAUCACGGCCUCGGCAUCCGUCACCACCUCGUUCUUCAGAUACGGCGCCUCCCGCGCCCAGCGGAACGUGCGCUCGGACACGCGCUGCGCGCCGAGGCUCGUCGCGAUGCUCGUGAUCUCCGGCA